AUGCUUGACGCUGCUGUGUGUGGUGCAGUCUUUGCAUCGCCCGGUGUACAGCAGAUUCUUCAAGGACUAGGAUAUAUCUCCUCCCGGCAUGGUACCCUCAUGAUCGUCAAGAAUUACACGGGUGACAAGCUCAACUUCGGGCUCGCUGCUGAGAUCUACCAAGCCACGGCAAAACAUCACAUGGAGAUGGUCGUGGUGCAAGACGAUGUCUCUGUACCUCGAUCGCGCAACCAGAAAGUUGGUCGAAGAGGUCUAGCUGGAACGGUUCUCGUUCACAAGAUAGCUGGUGCAGCGGCUUCCGCAGGUGGCACGUUGACACAGGUCGCACAAGUGGCACAGUACGUGGCCAAUAACAUUGUCACUAUCGGAGCGUCUCUGGAUCACUGUAUCCCGCCUGGUCACAGUGAGGUGAUGUCUCUCGCCAGCGAUGAAAUUGAGCUUGGAAUGGGAAUACACAAUGAACCGGGGACGAGGAAAAUCUCUCCUCAGCCAGACAUUGUGACCCUCGUCGACGGCAUGCUGGACCAUCUGCUGAACCCGAAUGACCCCGGUCGCGCUUAUUUGGAAAUCCACGGCACCCCCCAAAGGCUUCCGGUGGUUCUGUUGGUCAACAACCUCGGUGGUUUAUCUGUAUUGGAGAUUCAUGCAAUCUCCCAUGUCGCCGUUUCGCGUUUGGAAGAGACGUACCAGAUUCGGCCACAAAGAAUAUACGUGGGGCCGUACAUGACAUCUCUGAACGGGCCAGGCUUCAGUAUCAGCCUGCUUAAUUUGGAACCCAAGGCAGAUGGCCCAGAGCCUUCCUAUCUGUUGUCUCUCCUCGAUGCACCUGCUCAGUGCGCAGGAUGGACCCCAUCCUUGUUGGAAUCUUCAACACAGCAACUCCCGAUUGACAGCAGAGUGGUGUCUGGUGGCCCAGUUGUGGACUUUUCUAGUGUGGAAAGCAUACCAUGUGACGCUUCAUUCGUAUCUACCUUGUUUGAAAAUGUCUACAGAGAAGUCGCGAAGCAAGAGCCCGAGAUCACUCACUUCGAUACCGUGAUCGGCGACGGGGAUUGUGGCACAACCUUGCUAUCAGGAGCGAAAGCAGUUCUCGACGUGGUGAACGGUGGAAGCCACGAUAGCCUGUCGCAUAUUCUCCUUGACGUUUCAAAAGCUGUCAUGGAUACUAUGGGUGGCACAUCUGGAGCUUUGUAUGGCUUGUUCUUUGGAGCCUUCGCGAGAUCUGUCCAACAGCACUACAAGCAGGAUCAAGGUCUAUCUGCAUCCGUUUUUGCGAAGAGUGCACAGGAUGCUCUUGAGAACCUCAAGCGAUAUACCACUGCCCGUGAGGGGAGUAGGACCCUGAUGGAUACGCUCAUUCCUUUCGUCCGGACAUUUAGCGAGGCGUCUACCAGGAGCGAUGACAUUGCAAACAUACUUGCAUCGUCCUUGGAGGCUGCGAAAAAAGGCACGGAAGCGACCAAGGAGCUACCAUCGUCUUUCGGACGCUCAGCAUAUGUCGGAGCACACUCUGGUGCUGAGAAUGGUGAAAAGCACGAUAUCACUGGUGCGAUACCAGACCCUGGGGCAUGCGGUGUCGUAGCCGUUUUGACGGGCUUAUAUUCAACCUUCUCGACUUCCAAGUGA